CUCCUCCUCUUCUCUCCUCCUCCUCUUCCCCUCCCUUCUCUUCCCCUCCCUUCUCUCCUCCAGCAGCGCACCGACCAUGGCCCUGGUGACUCUGCAGCGGUCUCCCACCCCGAGUGCAGCAUCCUCGGCGAGCACAGCCAACAGCAGCGCAGGAGAGGAUUUUGGGAGCGAUGAUGACAGGAAAAACAAUCAAUGCCUCAGUGAGAGUUUCUUCAUGGUCAAAGGAGCUGCCCUUUUCCUCCAACAGGGCGGCGCAGCACAGGACCCAAACACCCCCACCCACCAUAAACAUGCAGGGGAUCUGCCUCAGCACCUACAGGUCAUGUUUAAGAUCCUCCGCACUGAAGAUCGCAUCAAGUUGGCCGUGCGUUUGGAAAGUGGAUGGUCAGACAGAGUACGCUACAUGAUCAUCAUCUACACCAACGGUCAUCAAGACACUGAGGAAAACAUCGUCCUGGGAAUGGACUUUGCAGAUAAAGACAGUAAAACGUGCUCCAUUGGGAUGGUGUUGCCACUGUGGAGUGACACAAACAUCCACUUAGAUGGAGAUGGAGGCUUCAGCGUUCACACCGCAGGGAGGUCACAUGUCUUCAAACCUGUGUCAGUACAGGCCAUGUGGUCGGCCCUUCAGGUCAUACAUAAAGCAUGUGAGGUGUCACGUCGGUUCAACUAUUUCCCAGGAGGCAUUGCUCUCACAUGGAUGGCCUUUUAUGAGAGCAGCAUCACCUCAGAUCAAAGUUGUAUUAAUGAGUGGAACGUUAUGACUGACCUGGAGAGAACACGGCCGGAUUCUCCUGCCACGUUUGUAGAAAGGCCGACAGAGAGAGAGAGGACGGAGUGCCUGAUUAAAGCCAAACUACGAACCAUCAUGAUGUUUCAGGAUCUGGAGAACAUCACGUCAAAGGAGAUUCGGAAUGAGCUGGAGCAACAUAUGAGCUGUAACCUCCAAGACUACAAGGAGUUUAUCGACAAUGAGAUGCUUUUAAUUUUGGGACAAAUGGACAAAGCCACUCUGAUCUUUGACCAUGUGUAUUUGGGCUCUGAAUGGAACGCUUCAAACCUGGAGGAGCUGAGGGACUGCGGAGUGGGUUACAUUCUGAAUGUCACAAGGGAAAUAGACAACUUCUUCCCUGGGCUGUUUUCUUACCAUAAUGUGCGAGUUUAUGACGAGGAGGCCACAGACCUGCUGGCCCACUGGAACGACACCUACAACUUCAUCGUCAAAGCCAAGAAAAACAGCUCCAAGUGCCUGGUGCACUGUAAGAUGGGAGUGAGCCGGUCUGCCUCCACUGUUAUUGCUUACGCCAUGAAGGAGUACGGCUGGUCUCUGGAGAAAGCCCACAACUAUGUGAAGCAGAAACGCAGCAUCGCUCAGCCAAACGCUGCCUUCAUGAAGCAGCUGGCAGAGUAUGAAGGAAUCCUGGAUGCCAGUAAACAGCGUCAUAACAAACUGUGGAGGCCAGAGACCGAUGAGGAGAGCUCUGAUGACCUACAGGCGUCUGGACACACCACAGGAGGAGAAGAGACGCCGGGGAUAAGGGACGAGGAGGCCUGGGGAGGGUGUGGGGCCUCGCCCUGCAGAAUGGGUCUGGAAAUGGAGCCCCUGGACUCGCUCAACUAUAAUUAUUACUUUAGACGUUUGUCAGAUUCUGCACUGGACAGUGAGCCGUCCACACCGGUGCGAGGCCCCCCUCUGCUGGGGAUGGAGCGGGUUUUCAUAGAGAUCGAAGAUGUAGAGAGGGAUGCCCUGCUGGAAGAUGACGGGUUCCCAAUGGCCCAUUUAGCACUGCCCGGUGAAGGCACGGCGGCUCAGACGUGUGGGCGUCUGGAUCCUUUGGAGGACAUGAGACUGAGACUGGAGUUCAGCACUUUGGAAGAAGAGGAUGAAGAGGAGGCCAAGAAGGAGGAGGCGGAGAUGGCUGCUCUGGCUCAAACCCCUGGAAACUCAGAUGGAAAGAGAGGAGAUGACGACAGGCAGGAGGAAGGCCGUUUGGGCUUUGCCAACCUCAACACGAACAACAGCAACCGGCUCGCCGCCAAACGCAGCUGUCCCGCAGCCUUUGAUGACAGUGGAAGUACUAGCAACCCUCUGAAGGUAAAGCCCUCGUAUCAGUCCUGUAAAGACUGUCUGCGACUGCCCCAGGGGCGACGCUGUGACCGUCCAGCAGGGGGCAGGUCCCAUCGCUUAAACCCCUCACGUCACUGUAAUGUUCCCUCCAUAUACAUCAACCCGCCCGGGACGGUCUUCACCUCAAGUCCAGCAGUAUCAUCCGUGGCCGCUCCAAACCUCGGCCAGCCCUGCGGUCACUUCUGUCCCACCUGCUCCACAGGAGUCCCACUGGCCCACAGGCCCUCGGCCUCCCCCAUGAGCUGUGAGGAGGCCGACAUGUCUGAGGAGGCGCACGUUCAUGCUCAAACAGAUGCCAUAGAUCUCUCCUCAGGCUUAGCCCCUCAGUGUGAGAGCGCAGGGCCUCUCCAGAUGCAGAUAUCGGGAGUGGAGAUGGGCUUUGGACUUGAACUUUUGCAGCAGAGGUCAGAGCAGCUGGACAAAGUGCCCAGUUUGGCUGUGGAAGGCCAGCUUCCAGUCAGGCCUCUGCCUUAAUAAAUGUGACCUGGAAAAGCUGAAGCUCCGGGGGCUUAGCUGUGCCUCCACAGUGGUCAGAAGCCAGUGGUCAGAAGCCCGCACUGUGACCUGAUGCUGGCGUACGCUGCUGUCCAGCUCCUGUGGCUCAGCCGCUUUAGGCUGCAUUUAUAGAAAGACUCACAAACACUGGGACCAGAUGAUUCAGCGCUGGACGUGUACCUGCUUCUAGAAAACACUGCAGACUUUUUGUCACUUAAAAUGGUGUAUGAUUUGCAUCUCGUGGUGGUCGGCCAUGCUGACCACAGCCAUGCUGACCACAGACGGAACAGAACACUGCAGUGGAGGUUUUGGUCGUCGUUUGUUAUGUUCUGACUCACAGUUCGCACUUUGACCCUGAGCAAAGACACUCUCCUGUCUGUGUGGAUGAGGUCACUCGUAGUAUUUAAAGCACGCGCCAUCUGCACAACUGAACCAACUCAUUAUACGUUUUUGUUCUUGUCACAUUAAAUGCCCUGGUAAAAAUCUACAUUAUAUGUGUAAAAAGCAUGUCAUUGUUGGUGGGCCUUGUAUCUGACCACCAUCAUCUGUGUUUGCUCCAGUCUUUUUAAGCACGAGGACAGUUUAUGCACAUUCACACAGUUCUUUUGCUCUGUUUGUUUGGACGUCUCGUAUAAAAGGAGACACAGGCUUUAUUAACUAUGUGAUCGCAGCUAAUACUACCUUAAAAUACAGGCACAGAAACAUUAAAAUGCUUCAGCACAUCUCCUGACAUUUUUGACAUAAAAAUAUAUAUUUUUUGUUAAUGUGAAUAUAACUUUAAAUAUGUUUUAAGUGCUGCCACAGAUCCUUCGUUGCUGUGCCAUAGGGAGUACACUGUGUACAUGUGUAAAUGUGUGUACAUUUACUUGAAUCUGAGUUGCUCCUGUUUCACACUGUUGUGCUGGAACCAAACGGGUCAUUCUUGUUUUUUUAUUUAUUUGCUUUUUGUGUUUUGCAUUUUUGGAGAAUUUUGCUACAUGAGAGAACUUGACCCGUGUUAUCGGAGCUGCAGGCUGCUCCGUGACAUAUUUCUAUUGCAUUUUUGCAUUUCUUCCAUUUCAGAUGACUGUAGAUGCCCGCGGGUGACUGUAGGUGACCGUAGGCACAUCCAGCUCAUCGUUCCGUAGAUCUGCCUCUCCUCAUUUCUCCCACAGUUUGUACUUUUGUGUUUUGUAUUUAAGUGCCUUAAACUCAGCCUUAGCUCCAUCAUGUUGAUCGACGGCUUUGUGUCUUUGUUGAUUUCUGGCUUUGUACAAAACACAUUUACUCCCAGGAACAGGAACCUGUCUCUGUUUGUGCAGCGUCACGUCCGCAAACCGAAAGAACCAGUGGACGUCUGUGGAAUCACGUAACAAACAAAGACCCAGUGGACUUCCAUCUCUAAUGUAAAUGACUGAACUGUUUGAGAUCUGCUUCUGUGGGACACUGAACCACAAACCUCACAUGACCUGGAAUGAGAACCAUGUUUUUAGGACGUGAGACCUAAAGACUUUUUAUGUAGAAAGAAGUUUGUAACAAGUUUGAACUUUGCUUCAGUGGAAGUUCAGUGUAAAGUCUCAGUUACAUCAUCGCAGACGACUUCUUCCUCCUCACAUCCUCUUCCUCAGUGGCGUUAGUUUCUCGCUGUUUUCAAUCAGAUCAUCAAACAAAUAAAGAAGACGGUUUCUGGUGGAAACUCCUCAUUGUCUUCUGUUUGGUACGACAUUAAUGAGCAAUGCACUUUUUAAUAAUUUGUUAAAAUGUGAAUAUUUAUC